GUUUCCACAGUACAAUCACGCAUGGUGCACGACGUCUCGUUGCAGGGUGGCUUUAAUAAGCAGCUUCUUGACACCCUUCAUCGCGUGCACUCCCAGCUACUUGGUAUUUGGAAUAAGUAAGAAGAUGCUGAACGAGAAUGGCACCCUGGAAGUUGCUUACAUCGUGGACGCCGAUUACUCCCAGCACAAGGAUUUCGUUUACCAGCUGAAUUUCUGGGUACUGGGGGUGGUCAUGAAGCUAUUACCCUGCCUCAUUCUCACUGUCAUUAGCUGUUGGCUGAUAAAAGCUCUUUACAGAGCAAAGGGGAGAAAACAGGCGUUGAAGAGUUACAACCAGUGCAAGACCACUACGUUGGGGAACGGAGUGGCCCAGCCAAAGCCCAGCAAGUCUCUGAAAAGAGCAGACAGGACGACGAAGAUGCUGGUGGCUGUGUUGCUCCUGUUUCUGGUCACAGAGAUUCCCCAGGGCGUCCUGGGACUCUUGUCGGGCGUCCUGGGGGAUUGCUUCUUCCGCAACUGCUACCACAACUUCGGGGAGGUGAUGGACAUCCUGGCGUUGCUGAACGGCGCCAUCAACUUCAUCCUCUACUGCUCGAUGUCCAGACAGUUCCGUACCACUUUCGGGCAGUUGUUCAAACCUAGAAUCAUGAAGAAGCGGCAGCCUGCCACGCAGCAGACCGACGUUCAGAGCACUUAUGUAUGAUGCAGGCUGAAGGGUCAGGAGACCACGCGUCUCUAGAGGCUGGAUAUUCUUAACGAGCAUCCUCGAGUGUCUAAAAAAAACAUCAGCUUACAGGGAACGAUAAGACGGAACUUUUUUAUGU